UACACUCAUCUUCAUAAAACCCCUCUAAGAUUUCACCUUGCUUUGAUGAUAUUUUUAAUUUUAUUCUUUUUUCCCCUUAGAACAAACUGUUAAUUGGCACACACAGAGAGAGAGAGAGAGAGAGAGAGAGAGAGUCCUCUCUUGUAUCACCUAUGCUAUUAUGCUGGCCGGGGAUUCAAGUAGCAGUGUGUUAGGGAGCUCUGCAGAUGCUGUGGCAUCUGUAGCAACAACAAGUGCUCAUGAUGUUUCUGCUGCUGAGGUUGGUGGUGGGCUUGGUGGAUCAACUUCAGGUGAAGAUGACAAAGGUAAAGGUGACGAGCUCGGCGACCGCUCUUUUGGCGGAAACCGGUGGCCUCGUCAAGAAACUUUGGCUCUCUUGAAGAUAAGGUCAGACAUGGACGUGGCUUUUAAGGAUGCAAGUGUUAAGGGUCCAUUGUGGGAAGAUGUUUCCAGAAAGCUGGCAGAACUUGGUUAUAAUCGAAGCGCCAAGAAAUGCAAGGAGAAAUUCGAGAACGUGUACAAGUACCACAAAAGAACCAAAGAAGGUCGCACAGGGAAAGCAGAUGGAAAAACGUAUCGAUUUUUUGACCAAUUAGAAGCUUUCGAACAUCAUCCUCAAAUUCAAUCACCUACACCUCCGACCUCCAACUCCAACAACAACAUUGGCAAUGCCACAAUUUUCCCACCUCCACCUCCACCACUACCACAACCAGCAGCAACAACAACAACAAAACCUUCACAACCCACAAUUCCGUCCUUCCAAAACAUUUCAGCAGAUCUCAUUUCCAAUUCCACUGAUUCUUCCUCGACUUCCUCGGACGAACAAUUGGAAGAUCGGCGUAAGAAAAAGAGGAAAUGGAAGGACUUCUUCGAGAGACUAAUGAAGGAAGUCAUAGAAAAACAAGAAGAGUUACAAAAGAGGUUCUUCGAUGCCAUAGAGAAAAGAGAACGCGACCGAAUGGUUCGAGAAGAAGCUUGGAGAGCGCAGGAAAUGAAAAGAAUCAAUAGAGAGCGGGAAAUAUUAGCCCAAGAAAGAUCCAUAGCAGCUGCUAAAGAUUCAGCAGUAAUGGCUUUUUUACAAAAGAUAUCCGAACAGCAAAAUCCGGGUCAACAACCUCAAAACAAUCUGCCACCGCCACAGCCAACCGCGACUCAGCCUCAGCCUCAGCCUCAGCCUCAGUCACUGCCACUGCCGCAUCCAGUGGCACCAGCUCCAUCUACCGCGGCGCCACACGCAAUUGUGACAAGUCUGGAAAUUCACAAGAAUGAUAAUGGGGAGAACUUCACGCCAACAAGCUCUUCGAGAUGGCCUAAAGUGGAGGUUCAAGCUUUGAUCAAGCUAAGGACCAGUCUUGAUGCUAAGUAUCAAGAAAAUGGGCCUAAAGGACCUCUAUGGGAAGAGAUUUCGGCCGCAAUGAGAAAGCUUGGAUACAAUCGAAGCUCAAAGAGAUGCAAAGAAAAAUGGGAGAACAUUAAUAAGUACUUCAAGAAGGUCAAGGAAAGCAAUAAGAAAAGGCCUGAGGAUGCAAAGACUUGCCCAUAUUUUCACCAACUUGAUGCUCUAUACAGAGAGAAGAACAAGUAUGAAAUUAGCCCUUCAAGUCAAGUGAAGCCCGAAAACAGCAAUAUGGUGCCAUUGAUGGUAAGGCCUGAGCAGCAAUGGCCUCCUCAGCAAUCCGACGCCGUCAUGGAAGAUGUGGAAAGCGAGCCAAUGGAUCAAAAUCAAGAGGAGGAUGAUGAUGAUGAGGAUGAUGAUGAUAAGGAUGGAGAUGAUGAAGAGGAAGAUGAGGGUGGUGGUCAUUAUGAGAUAGUGGCUAGUAAACCUUCUUCAAUGGGUGCAGCUAGCUAGCUGAGGCUCGCUUGAAAGAGACAUCAUGACCAAGACUAAGACAAAAGUCCUUUUUCUAAUGAAUGUGGAUCAGGUCAGGUCAGGUCGGGUCGGGUCGGGUCAGGUCAGAUCGCAUGGGACAGCCGGUGGGAAGUGGGUCGGCUUCCGGCGUGUGGUGGUGGUGAAUUUGGAGAGAAGAACUUCAAGAAAAAAAAUAUAUUAUAUACGGCAAAAACACAUGGGGGAGGGGGUUGUAGCAUAUAGUCAGUGGGAUUAUAUGUUUUUAUUUUAUAGAUUAUUUAUUUUUUUGGUUAAAUAAAUAAGUUAAGAGAGAGAGAGAAAGAGGGUUGUUCAGGUUCCACAGAAUAAAAUAAAAGAGACUUAAUGUUGUAUUUU